UCUUAUUCUGUGGUGUCCCCAUUUCUAGGAGUUUGCCUAGUCAUCUGACGAACAAGAAUAAAGUUAAAAAGAGAAUUCUUAGGGUGGCUGACAAGAAUAUACUGCAUUUUACUUUUUUGGGGAUGGAUCCCUUUAAUGAAAUAUCUGGGUUCCGUUACAAUCCUUGCUCUGAAGAGAUGGGAGACCCAGAUGGAGAUAGGGACUUCUCUGGGCUUCUUGAGAUAUUUGUUCAUCAUGCCAGGAACAUACACAACAUCUGUAUCUAUGAAAAACAAGAUGUGUAUGCAAAAUUUUCACUCACUUACAGCCCAGAUGAGACCCUUUCAACUAGAAUUAUAAAUGGAGGUGGCAAGAACCCUGAAUUCAAUGACAACUUGAGGAUGAAAAUAACCCAACUGGAUGCAGUCCUUAAAUGUGAGAUUUGGAUGCUCAGCAGAGCCAGGAAUUACAUGGAAGACCAGUUGUUGGGAUUUACUCUUGUACCAAUAUCGUUGGUGGCAGGGAAGGGCAAGGUGACCCAAGAUUUCACCCUUUCCUCUACUGAUCUCUUCCAUUCUCCAGCCGGAACUGUCAAGCUGACUCUGUUUCUUGACACAUCUCUGCCUGUGAAUUCAUUUCUGAAGUCCUCUGAUUCAGCUUCUAAUUCAUCCAUAAGUUCAGAAGUUGUGUUGCUGGAUCCCAAGAACUCUGAGGUAUUGGACCCAGUUGAAUACGGGAGAAUUGAGUUCCCUGACAUUAAUGUGGUGAAGGAGAACCAGCAGAUGGUUUCUGAGUAUUUUAACAUGGCAGAGCAUAGUGCUGCGUCGAGGUCUACUGUGGUAGGACCUGCUUCUUUUCUUCAUCUUGGUACUUGUACUCAGUCAGUGGAUGACUAUGACAUGACUGUAAAUUCUUCAGAGGAGAAUUAUGGUGGAUCCAUUUCUCCAAAUGGAAGCAACCAAAAUUCUGGAUUCUUUAGCUCAACAACAACCAGCUUAAGUGAUGACAGGAACUCAGUAGACUCUAUGGAGAAUAAGAGUCAUGUUGCUGCUGAUUCACCUAAUUCAAAUGUUGAAUCUCGUCAGAGCUCCUGGACUUCUCCAGAUUCGCUGACUUCAAAGAAAGGGUGUGAUGUCGGAGAGGAGAAAGAGGCCAGUUUCACAAGCAAGGAAGAGGAGGGAUCCAAAGAAAACAAUCUGCAUCCCGUGGAAUUGGGUCCAGCUUUUACAGCUCCGCUUGGGAACAUCAACCUUGAGGCUGAGCAGAAUGCAAUGCAGAAGCAGAUAGUUGAUAUGUAUAUGAAAAGCAUGCAGCAGUUUACAGAGUCAUUGGCAAAGAUGAAACUCCCAAUGAAUCUUGAUAAACCAGAACCUGACAACAGUGGUGAUGUUAUACAUAACCAUAACAAGAAUGGGGAAACUGAUAAAAAGAAGGACGGCUCAAGGGUAUUUUAUGGUAGCAGAGCCUUCUUCUAACUGGUAGGUUCUGCAAAAUUCAUGGAGUGUCUGUUUCAGCUAUUUAUAUUUAUCCUCUGGGAGCAAUGCAAUAUCAUUGUAAUUUCUGUUCUUUCUGUGCUUUCCUUUGAAAUUAUGAGUUCUAAUAUUAUUCG